AUGGCUUCGUCGCCCGAGACAGGCACAGAACAUCGACGGUGGUUGGUGGUUGGCACUGUUCUUAACAGAGUUCUUAUGCCAUAUCUCAGAAAAAAGAUUCAACAGGAAAUGAAACCAUUUUACCAGAAUCUGUUGGCAAAGUAUGGAUUAGACAAGCAAACCUAUCCGACUCAGCUGAAGACUAUUCCACCAACCACCCUGAAGCUGAACUACGAAAGUAUCAAUAAUAACGCCGCGCGGGGUCGAGACACCCAUUGCUUUGACUAUUGUGUAAAGGACGAAGUAUUAUUAGCUAAGUUGUUCAUGAAACCUUUCAUGGCACAUUUCAAUGCAUUUGAUUCCUCUUUUGAUGCCUCGGCGGCUCUGGCUGUUCUUUGCUCUGCUCCACCAUUCAGCUCUGCAGCGCCGUCAGCUGAACUUGUGAGAUCUGAAGUACGAAAUGACUGGGCCCAUUGCGACUAUGCGUCAUGGACGGAGGUGAAAUACAAUACAUGUUUUGAUCGAAUGGAGACCUUGGUUGAAGACCUGAGAUUUGCCCCAGCAGAAAAAACAGAGCUCCUGGCUGAGCUACAGUUGUGGAGGAAGCAUGGUAAGAUGUCAUUACACAUAUUUGAAGAAAUAUUGCUUUGUAUUCCCCUCUAGCCGAGGAGGUCUCAACCAAAAUUGUAUCUUAAGGCCGAUAGAAUAUGCUGGCUGUUGAAGAGAUACGGAUUGCAAUCUCAACGUAGACAUUCAUGAACCAAAUUGAAGACAUAAAUUCGAAAAAAAUCGACAAAUCUUCAUUUAGUGUGAACCAAGUAUGAACCAAGUAUGACUAUUUAAUGUGAAACACAGAGCAAUGAAACUAAAUGAGACUUCCCUUUUUCUCUUAGUUUGUAUUACUUUACAUAGAAAGCAUAGACUUGAGCUAAGAUGUCACACCUUUGACAGCUUGAUCUUUGUACGUGCUAGUUCCCAAGCUCUUUGGAGCUCAAACUGCUGAUUUCCGUUGAUUCUAAUCGCUUAUAUAGCGCUUAGCAUCGUCCAGUUAAGAUCAGUUCUUCUUUAAUUCGAAACAGUGGGCACACGCGCCCGCUUUCUGCUCGUCUCCUCCAGCUGCUAGUCUGGCGAAACAAAGGCAGGCAACCGUAUGGGUUUGAGCCCACGUGACGUGAAAUGAUUGUUUAUCUCUAAAUUUCGCUGUAAUUGGCAACAUCCGAUCUCACUUUCAUUCAAGUAAUCGAGAAUAAUUCCUUAAAAAGCUUACAAUUUGCAGCUUUUGAUCAUUUACUCUCAGUUUCCUGUGUUUACUUUCAGUUUCCUAUAAUCAUUUACUGUCAGUUUCCUGUUUACUUUCCUACGAGGGAUCUGGUAAUUUUUAUAGGAAGGAUAAUUCUCACCACCUCCUCCCCCCCUUUUAACCGACACCUCUCAAAUCAUCGAGCCGUGUAGCUUCCUAGUUUCCAUCCCCAAGAACCCCGACAAACCUCUUUCACUUUCAAUUAUCGCUCCCCACCUAUUUUUCAAGCAUGUUUAAGGUCGAUUGGUGUCCAACAUAUAUGCCACAAAUCAUUACAUUUACGCUUCUCUAAACAACCCAAAAGCUUACUCUAUUUUUCCACUUCGUUUCCUUUAAUGAUGAGUGACGUUGGUCUUUAGCUCACUUUGAAAAUUGAUACUCUAUUACCGGUUUUCUAAUUGCUUGUUUGUUCUAAUUUUUCCUAGGAUUAGAAUUUUGCGUUGGUAAGCCACUUGAUGACACAUGUCUUAUUGUUAUGCACGAAAAUAUAAAUCAAGUACAUGAAAUGCUCGAGUCUGAAUUUAAAAAAUUUCAGGCAACAUUACAUGAAUUGAGCAGAAGCAAGCAUGAAGAACAAACAACAAGACAAGACCUGGAUAAAAUGUUGAGUGAUUUCAGUGUCUUCGCUACAAGAGACAAAUCUAUAGUAUUUGAUGCGCCAGAUCGAAACAAGAGGUUUACAGGAAGACAAAAAGAGUUAGAAUCGCUUGAAAGGUGCCUCCCCUCAGAAAACAGCGACCAUAAAUUUAGAAUGGCGGCCAUUUGUGGUCUUGGCGGAUGUGGAAAAACGACCUUAGCAGCUCAAUUCGCUUGGGAGCAUAAACCACAAUACGAGGGAGGCGUAUUUUGGUUCUCCAUGGAAGAUGAAGAGAAGUUUGAAAGCUGUGUAAAUGACUUAGCGUUACGUUUAGGACUGAUGGACAAAUCAUCAGAUUUUACACUAGCACGAAUUCUAACGCUUAUAUCUAAGCAGGAAAAGCUUUGGCUGAUGGUUCUUGACAACGUUGACCAGCCAGUUCUUUCUGAAAAAAUGCGUAAAGUUUUGAGAGGAAUAUGGAAAAGGGAGUCAAACGGUCACAUGUUGAUAACAACAAGGCGUGAAAGAAAAGAGAUCUGUCGGUGUGUGGAUCUUGAGCCAAAUUGUUUUGUAGAAAUCACCUCUUUCUCUAUCGAGGAAGCAAAAGAGUUUCUUUUGAGUCAUUUCAGCGGUGAAAAUGCUGGAGUCCAAGAGGAUGCGCUAAAUGAGCUGGUUGUUGAGCUUGGUUGUCUUCCCCUUGCCUUGGAGCAGGCUGGUGCACAUAUCAAAUCUCUUGGCUGUACUGUUAAUGAAUAUUUAAAACAAUACAAGCUCGAAAGGUUCAAGCUGCUAAGCGAGCAUCGGGCAAAUCCCUCGAGGGAGUAUGACUCCUUGAAUCGUCUUUCAGUCCACACUACAUGGUUAUUGAACUUUGAGUACGUAAGGAACUCAAAAUAUGGAAAAAUUGCAACCAGGUUCGUACAUGCAGCUGCUUUCCUUGAUCCAGAUGAAAUCUAUGAAGGACUCAUCAAUGCAGAGAUGCUUUCCUCUGACGUUGUAUCUGAAAACAAAAUAGAACUCCCCCUCACGAAUAACCAUAUAGUAGAAGUUUUGACCAAGUUUUCACUUUUCCAGAGGAAGUCUGCUGGAUGCAUUAAAAUACAUCGCCUAGUGCAGCAGGUUAUUCGUGGUACAAUAACAUCAAAAGAAGUCGAAAAAGCAUUGUACACAACAUUUCAGUUAUUAAAGAAGGCCGCUCAAUCACCUCGUGAAUCAGCAACAGAUAAGUCUGUUUUCUCUAUUAUUCGCCAUUGGUUGGCAUUGAAGCGACACGUCGAACAACAACUUAGAGCCACACCGGAUGACUCAUCGGCUGAGAAAGUAGCAGCAUUGAUGAAAAGCGGUUCUAGAGAAAUUGUGUUCGAAGUCUCUCGCACCAUAAAAGGGCUAUCGCAAACUUUAGAAAACCGUCGUGGAUUAUUAGCGUUGCUUGAUGUCGACUACGACAAGGGUCUAGGCAGAAAAGAACUAAAA